AUGCAAGACGGCGUUGUGAUCUGGCUCGACAAUCAUAUUGAUCAUAGCAAUGCUGAUUGUCAGUUUACAAUUGCACAACUUGAACACAUUACUGACAAUGUCACUACAUUCACGGAUAAUGAUGAAUGUGUCGAAUAUAUACUCAAUUGUAAUGACCAUCAAGUCUAUCUAAUCGUUUCUGGUGCACUUGGACAAUAUCUUGUGCGUUGUAUCCACGAUAUUCCUCCAUUGCACUCGAUUUUCAUCUUUUGUCAAAACAAAUCAUAUCAUGAACAAUGGGCUAGACAUUGGAACAAGAUCAAAGAUGUUUUCACUGAUAUAACAUCACUCUGCCAAGCCAUUCAGAAUACAUUUCCCCAAGAUGAGCCCACUAUCACACCAAUCAGUUUUGUACCAUCUGGCAAAAGAUCGGAUCUGCUCAAUCCAUCUUUCAUGUACACACAACUCUUCAAAGAGAUCUUGUUAACGAUCGAAUUCGAAGACAAACACAUCGAAGAGUUUGUCAGGCACCAUCCUGGACUAAUCACUCUCGAUGGUACACAUUCUAAUGAUUUUAAGCAAUCAGUACGUGAUUACCGUGCAAAGAAACCCAUCUGGUGGUAUACAAGAGGUAAUUCCAUGCAUUCCAUGCUCAACAAUGCACUAAGAAUCAUGGAUGGUGAUGUUCUUGUUCGAAUGGGAUUCUUCGUCACUGAUCUUCAUCGCAACAUUGAACAGUUGCACAAAGAACAGUUUGUUAACACGCCUUGGAGUUCUCUUGUGUUUACAGUAUAUCGCGGACAAGGUCUAUCCCACACAGAUUUUGAAGAACUAAGAAACACAAUAGGCGGGUUGAUGUCAUUCAACAGCUUCUUCUCUACCAGCACGAAACGUGACAUCUCGUUUUCCUAUGCGAAAAGUAACGCAGACAAUCCCAAGUUAGUAGGAAUUCUCUUCACAAUACAGGUCGAUCCUUCUCAGUCAACAACACCGUUUGCCUCAGUUGGGAAUCAUGGUCGUUUCUUACAAGAAAACGAAGUGCUCUUUUCGAUGCACACCGUGUUUCCCAUUCAUCACAUCGAAGUCAUUGGCACUGAUCCACCACUGUAUGAAGUGAGUAUCUCACUGACUCUUGAUUCUGACGAAGAGUUACGCACACUGACUGAUCAUAUUCGUCGCGAGAGUCGUCUCGAUGGUAAAGGUUGGACGCGAUUAGCCCAACUGCUGAUUCGGUUGGGUCAACAUGACAAGGCUGAGAAUAUUUAUGAUACUUUACUGAACCAAACAUCAGAUGGCAGUGAUGAAGGAUUGAUUUAUCACCAACUUGGUUGUAUCCGAUACGAACAAGGCUUGUUUCAGGAAGCCAUAACAUUCUAUGUCAAAUCACUUGUGCUUUUCGAAAAAUUAUUUCCCGCAAACCAUCCUAAUAUAGCCACAUCCUACAGCAACAUCGGCUCGGUGUAUGUCAGUAUGGGUGAUUAUCCAAAAGCACUCGAGUACUAUGAGAAAGCUCUUUCAAUUAAACAACAUUCACUUCCUGCAAACCAUCCUGAUUUAGCCACAUCCUACAACAACAUCGGCUCGGUGUAUGUCAGUAUGGGUGAUUAUCCAAAAGCACUCGAGUACUAUGAGAAAGCUCUUUCAAUUAAACAACAUUCACUUCCUGCAAACCAUCCUGAUUUAGCCACAUCCUACAACAACAUCGGCUCGGUGCAUGACAGUAUGGGUGAUUAUCCAAAAGCACUCGAGUACUAUGAGAAAGCUCUUUCAAUUAAACAACAUUCACUUCCUGCAAACCAUCCUCAUUUAGCCACAUCCUACAAUAACAUCGGCUCGGUGUAUGACAGUAUGGGUGAUUAUCCAAAAGCACUCGAAUACUAUCAGAAAACUCUUUCGAAUGUACAACAAUCACUUCCUGCAAACCAUCCUCAUUUAGCCACAUCCUACAAUAACAUCGGCUCGGUGUAUGACAGUAUGGGUGAUUAUCCAAAAGCACUCGAAUACUAUCAGAAAACUCUUUCAAUUGAUCAACAUUCACUUCCUGCAAACCAUCCUAAUAUAGCCACAUCGUACAACAACAUCGGCUUGGUGUAUGACAGUAUGGGUGAUUAUCCAAAAGCACUCGAGUACUAUGAGAAAGCUCUUUCAAUUGAACAACAUUCACUCCCUGCAAACCAUCCUAGUAUAGCCAGAUCCUACAACAACAUCGGCUUGGUGUAUGACAGUAUGGGUGAUUAUCCAAAAGCACUCGAAUACUAUGAGAAAGCUCUUUCAAUUGAUCAACAUUCACUCCCUGCAAACCAUCCUAGUAUAGCCAGAUCCUACAACAACAUCGGCUCGGUGUGUGUCAGUAUGGAUGAUUAUCGAAAAGCAUUCGAGUACCAUAAGAAAGCUCUUUCAAUUAAUCAACAUUCACUCCCUGCAAACCAUCCUGAUUUAGCCACAUCCUACAACAACAUCGGCUCGGUGUAUGACAGUAUGGGUGAUUAUCCAAAAGCACUCGAGUACUAUGAGAAAGCUCUUUCAAUUAAACAACAUUCACUCCCUGCAAACCAUCCUCAUUUAGCCACAUCCUACAAUAACAUCGGCUCGGUGUAUGACAGUAUGGGUGAUUAUCCAAAAGCACUCGAAUACUAUGACAAAGCUCUUUCAAUUAAACAACAUUCACUUCCUGCAAACCAUCCUAGUAUAGCCGCAUCGUACAACAACAUUGGCUUGGUAUGUAAGAAUAUGGGUGAUUAUCCAAAAGCAGUCGAAUACUAUGAGAAAACUUUUUCAAUUCAACAACAAUCACUUCGUGCAAACCAUCCUCAUUUAGCCGCAUCCUACAACAACAUCGGCUCGGUGUAUGACAGUAUGGGUGAUUAUCCAAAAGCUCACUUCUAUUGUGAACGCGCUGUUCAAAUUGCUAAGUGUUCGAUGUCACCAAAUCAUCCACACCUUUUAACAUUCGAAAGAAACCUGGAACGUGUGGAUAAUAAACUGCAGCGCUCUUCUCUUCGUGGUAUAAAAUAA